CCCUCACAAUAGUUUUGGGGGAAAAUCAAAUUUCUGAGGAAUUUGAUUUUUUAGGGUUUCAAAAAAAUUCAAUCUCUCUUUUUCCCUCCUUUUCUUUCCCUCUCUUUUUGCAGCAGAUCUCCAUUGAAACACCACAAAACAACCUCAAAUUUCACUCCCCACUCGUUGACUCCCUCUCUCACUCUUUUUCUCACAAGGUUUAUUGACUGGCGGUUGAAGCUCGGGUUAUUAAUGGAUUUGUGAUCCCCUUCGCUGCUUGGAUACAACAAGUUCUUGUGAAGGCCAAGUGCUCUGUGGUGCUUGGCCGUUGCUACUAAAUCUGUUUCCAGACCACAAGGUAGCUCAUUGUGGAAUUUGGAAAUCUAGUUUGUUUUCAAUGGACUGCAACAAAGAUGAGGCUAUCAGGGCCAAGGAAAUCGCUGAAAAGAAGAUGCAGAGUCACGACUUUGAAGGUGCCCGAAAGAUUGCUUUAAAAGGAAAAAACCUCUACCCUGAACUUGAAAAUAUUGCCCAGAUGCUGAGCAUCUGUGAUGUGCAUUGCUCAGCUGAAAAAAGGAUUGUAGGAUCCGAAAGGGAUUGGUAUGGAGUCCUUCAAGUUGAAAAGUCGGCUGAUGAGGCAACAAUCAAAAAACAAUAUCGCCGGCUAGCACUUAUGCUCCAUCCUGAUAAGAAUCGAUUUCCUGGUGCGGAGGGGGCUUUUAAGUUGAUUUGUGAAGCAAAUGCAUUGCUUUCAGAUCCAGCAAAAAAAUCUGUAUAUGACAGAAAGAUAAACGCCUGGUCCAGAUCCACAAUCCCUCCAAAUCAUCAGACGAACAGAAGUUCUCAGUUCAAUAGCCAAUAUGGUGUUCAAAACAAAAACACGUCUAAUGGUUUCAGUAGCCUGAAUCAACAUCAUAAUACUCCCACUACUGAGUUCUGGACACAAUGCCCUUACUGCAAAGUAAACUACAAGCAUCCCAGAAAAUUUGUGAACACGCGUUUGAUGUGCCUUAAAUGCUCUAAGCCAUUUGUUGCAUAUGUAAUCCCUGCUCCACAAGUUUCCUCAGGCAAGUUGGGUAACCAAGGUUCUCAGCAGUUUCCAUCAAAACCUGAUGUACACCAAGCUGCUGCUAAAGCGUCUUCAGUGCCCCAAUCUGGAUCACAAGGGGCUGCUGAGAAUUUAAAGACCAACGCUGGUCCAGUUCAGAAGGAAUCUAAAAAUGCCAAGACCAAUGCUGCUCAAGCUCAAUCUGCACGUAAGUCAUCACGGAGCAGGCAGCAUGUGUCAUAUAUGGAAGCUGAUGAAGAUAAUGAUUCUAGACCUCUCAAGAGACCUCGCGCAAGCACAGAGACAGAUGCUAAGGAGCAUAAGGAUGCUGGAGACUCAAAGCAUGUUAAUCAAAAUAGUUUCCCCACCGUUCCAGAAUCUUCUAAGUUUGGAAACAAAGAGACAGGAGCUGCUCAUUCCAAAGAAAGUUUGAAGGACAACAAUGAGGGUUUUAAUAAAAAAGCUGAUAUCAGAGGGGUAACUGGUGGUAGGUCUGGUGUUCCUGCUGACCCAGUUAAAGUUGAAAGCUCUGACCUAGACACAGAAUAUAUGGAGUGUCCUGACCCAGAAUUUAGUGAUUUUGAGAAGAUGCGUGAUGAAAACCAGUUUCGUGUCAAUCAGUUUUGGGCUUGUUAUGAUACAUUAGAUAGCAUGCCAAGAUUCUACGCCAAGGUGAGGAAGGUAUGUUCUUCUCCGUUUGAAUUGCAUAUUACAUGGCUGGAAGCUGUUCCUAUACAUGAUUCUUUUAAAGGGUGGGUAGAGGCGGAGUUGCCUGUUGGUUGUGGAAGUUUUAAGAUUGGCAAAACUGACAAAAUAUCUGGAUGCUUGUCACUCUCUCAUCAAGUGCAUUGUGAAAAAGGGAAAAAGAGAGGUUCCUUUUUCUUAUACCCAAGAAAAGGGGAGGUUUGGGCUCUUCUGAGAGACUGGGACAUCAGUUGGAGUUCUGACCCCAAGAAUCAUGAGAAAAUCAGAUAUGAAAUUGUUGAGGUUCUCUCGGAUUUUGCUGAAGGUAUUGGCAUAGAAGUUGUCCACUUGGAGAAGGUCAAUGGAUUUGUGAGCCUCUUCCGGAGGCGUGAGCAAAAUGUAAUCAAUUCAUUUUUAAUAGACCCGAAAGAGCUGUACAAGUUCUCACACUUUGUUCCCAGUUUCAAAAUGACAGGCAUGGAAAGAGAAGGAGUGCCGAUAGGUUCCUUUGAACUUGAUCCUGCUUCUUUGCCUCUUAAUCCCGAGGACUUGUAUUUCCCUGGGAAAGCAAAGGUCGAACAUAGAGAUGAAAAUCCUAGUGUUGAGAGCUCACUGCCGAAAUGUGCUGAGGAAAACGGUAAAUCUUCUAAGUCAGGGAGAUUCUGUAGUCCUCAUAAGACUCUGGAUUCGAAAGGGCCUACAGGGAAGAACCUCCGGCGAUCGCCUCGGGGAGGGAAUUUUAUGAAGCAAAGCACGAAAUGAUGUCAGCAUGUAUUCCCCCAAACAACAUUUGUUUACUGAGGCUGGUGAAGAUUUAUGGCUAGCUGGAUGUGGAUUUUGUGGUUUUCCCCCAACAAAUAAACAAGUCAAGUCUUGGGCAAACAAAUGGUAGGUACCCAUGAUUUGGUUGGUUUUCACUAGCUGUUUAAGUACCAAAUUUCCGAAUUGUUGGAAUCUUGAACCUGUCUUGAUGUCUCCUUCUGAAGCGUCUUGUACGGUCCGACUGUGCAGAACUUUUUGUUAGUGCAUCAUAACAGGAACUGAAGAUGAAGUAUUCUGCAGAGAUAGUCAUUUUUCUAUAUUGAGGUUCCAGCUUACUGGUAAAAAGGGUAGUCUCUGGAGGGGGGUUCACAAUCUGUUUCUGUGGGUAUGUACUUAUAAAAGCUAGUAGAAGGUUUACUAUCAUAGUGUUGGUGGUAGUUUCUUAGCCUUUACUAGAUUGGUAAAGAAUUAUUAAUAUUGUAGUUGCAGCUAUUCUAACAAAGAGUAGAUGACUGUUCUUUUGUUUAUAAUUUCCAUUUAUCUUUUGCAUGCUAUGAAUUUGGAGUUCAAAGU